GCAAUGAAACGACACAGGGAGCAGUGGAGUUUGUGUUCAGGAAGUUAGAUAACACUUUAUGAUAGGUCCAAACCUGGUUAUGAAAGUUCUGUCUCUGAAUAUUUCAAAGUGUAUUUGCUGCGCUGGCAAGGAGAGCAGACAGGAAACAGCAUGGGAAGAAAGACUAUUUUGCUCCUGUUGGUGGGCAUUUUCACGGCAUAUUAUGGUUAUACACCUCUCCCAGAUAAUAUUGAGGAGCCAUGGAAACUGAUUGGGUUGACCUUCAUACUUAACACCAUAUCAAAUGUGGCCCUGGUUGGUGAAGUCCUGGGAAUCAACCAUUUCAUGAACACAUUAAUGUUUUUUAUGAGCUUUCAAGAUGUCUCACCCACAUCUGAUGAAACUGUCACUGUGAUGGACACAACUUUCAGCAAUGUUCCUGUCCGUGUAUAUGUACCAAAGCGAAAGUCAGAGGCCCUAAGAAGGGGCUUAUUUUACAUUCAUGGUGGCGGUUUUUGUUUGGGGAGUGCUGCUCAGUAUUCUUAUGAUGUGCUGUCAAGACGAACAGCUAAUAGACUUGAUGCUGUUGUCAUUUCAACCAACUAUAGACUAGCACCUAAAUACCACUUUCCAAAUCAGUUUGAAGAUGUGUAUAAUGCAUUAAAGUGGUUCUUACGCAAAGAUAUUCUUAAAGGCUAUGGUGUAGAUCCCAAAAGAAUUGGUAUUUCUGGAGACAGUGCUGGAGGGAAUUUAGCUGCAGCAGUGACUCAACAGCUCAUAGAUGAUCCAGAUGUCAAGAUCAAACUCAAGAUCCAGUCUUUAAUUUAUCCUGCCCUUCAGACUCUUGAUAUGGAUUUACCAUCUUUACGGGAAAACUCACAGAUUCCACCUCUGCCCAAAUCACUCAUGGUCAGGUUUUGGAGUGAAUACUUUACCACAGACAGAUCACUUGAAAAAGCCAUGUUCAUCAAUCAACAUGUACCAGUGGAAUCAAGCUACCUCUUCAAGUUUGUUAAUUGGAGUUCUUUGCUCCCAGAGAAUUUUAAGAAAGGGCACUUUUAUAGCAGUCCAACUCAUGGUCCUUCUGAGCUAGCUAGAAAAUAUUCAGGGUUUCUAGAUGUGAGGGCAGCCCCCUUAUUGGCUGAUGACAACAAGUUGCGUAACUUACCCUUGACCUAUGUAAUCACCUGUCAAUAUGAUGUUUUAAGAGAUGAUGGAAUCAUGUACGUCACCCGACUUCGGAAUGCUGGAGUGAGGGUGACCCAUAACCACGUUGAGGGUGGAUUCCAUGGACUAAUUACUUUUCCUGGAUUUAAAAUUGGACAUAGAGUAGAAAAUCAGUAUCUGAGUUGGCUAAGUGAAAAUCUAUAGUAAAAAUCUUAGCAGUGGUUUAUAAGAAUAUAUAAGCCUCAAAUAUAAAACAAAUUAGUGAGAUUCAAAAGUUAUGUUUAAAUUUCUCUUUAUCACUCGUGACCUUUCUAAGGUCCUCUGAACCACUGUGAUCUUGUUGUUGUUUGUGGGUUUUUUGUUUAUUUGUUUGUUUGUUUUGUUUGCUUUUUUACUGAGUGGAUUCUUCUCUAUUCUUUAUUCUAAGUAUUGUUUACUCACAUCUGUAUCUUAGAAAAUGUCUACAUUCUUAAAUAUUUUUUCUUGCUACUAAAGUGCCUAAGAGACCACUGAUAUUAAUUUUGGUAUCCUAGAACAGAAAUAGGCUUGCUCACAUUAAGAAGUGGAUUUUAUAGUAAUAGGUGGCAUUAUAUUGAAGCAAAUACUUUGAAAAACAUUUGGCACAGAAGUCAUAUUAGUGACCUACAAGGUUGUUUCAAGGCACUAAAUUCAUUUCAGUAAAAGCUCUGGUAUUUUACAAGCCAGAUGUGUUUGUUUAAACCUUUUUUCUCAACAAUAAUACUAUUAGAGUUAGACAAUCAAAAAACUAAGGCUAUAAAUUACAGCUAUAAGAAAUGAAUAAUGUAGUCUGUUUGUUUUAAAGAAAAUGCCACGUUUAUUACAAAAUAUGUAUGGAAAUAAAAUGGAUAUCAAAAAACAUGAUUUUUGUUUUGAGGAAACAAAUUUGGUGGAUUUACAGAUUGCAAAACAAUAUAAAGCUACCAUAGUCAUGAUGGUAUGGUAUUUCAAUACAGAUAAGCAACUAGAUAAUACAACAGAAUCCAGAAACCAUUUCAUAUAUUUAGAGUCAAUUGUUGAGAUAAAGUUGCCAAUGUAAUUCAAUUCCAAAAGUGUUAUAUAUAUUUUAAAUGGUUAUUAAACAUUUGAAUAUUCAUAUAAAA